AUGUUUGCAACGAUGCUGAAGAUAUUUCCAAUUCUAGCCAUCCUUACAGGCCAUGUCAGCAGUGUUGUGGUGACGGUCCCUGAGAAGACAGUGAAUGUCACUACAGGUGGAAAUGCAACCCUCCUCUGUACAUACACGAGUGAACCGCUGGGAAAUUUCUUUAUUCAGUGGAGCUUUUACAGUGCCAAAGAGAGCCAACUUAAUACCCAUUCCCCGUGUCACGGUAUUCUGAGUAUGGAUGAAAAGUCAGUCAGUCAUUGUCAAAAGAUGGUGUAUGUGACAGAUGCUCGGGGAAGAUGUAGCUGGAGACACAAGAUCUAUUUUUAUUCAGAAGGCCAGUCUUACUCCUAUGGAGAGUUUAAGAACAGAAUAACAGCUGCAACAAGUCCAGGGAAUGCAUCAAUAACAAUCUCCAACAUGCAGCCCUCAGACACUGGUUCCUACACUUGUGAAGUUUUCAGCCCACGGGGUGAUGCUGGACAGAGUCAAAAAUCUGUGAUUGUCAACGUGCUGGUCAAACCAUCAAAACCUUUCUGCAAAAUAGAAGGAACGCCUGAAAAAGGCCAUCUAAUCUACCUCUUAUGCAAAUGUGACGAAGGAUUGCCUCGCCCUAUCUACCACUGGUACAAAGUGGAUGAGAAUACCCUGAAGCCUGUGACGGAACACCUUAAUGCAAACAGCGGCAUUCUUUACAUCGGCAAUCUCACCACCUUUGAAACCGGGUAUUACCGAUGCAUAGCCAGCAACAUCCUGGGGAACAGUACCUGCGAGCUUGACCUCACUGCAAAACAUUCAGACAGUGGUGUUGUUGCUGGAGCAUUAAUUGGAGCAAUUCUGGCAGCUGUUAUCAUUUGCAUUAUUGUCUGGGUCUUAACGAAGAAGGCAAAGAAUAAGAAGUCAUCAAGUAAUGAAAUGCAAGAAAUGACUCAGAAACAAUCCAAUGCAGAGUAUGUUCAGGUACCUAAUGAAGAAAACAUUCCUGCAACCAGUGUUCCACCAAGCAACGCGAGAAAUGAAUACCCUAGUGCUGAUGAAAUGGCACCCUCUGGAACACCUGAAAAUGAUGAGAAGCAAGAAGUGGAAAAAGAAGAAACAGCCUAG